AUGUGUCUAGAUGCUGGUGCAGAGUGGCAAGGGUAUGCAGCAGAUGUCACCCGAACGUUUCCCCUUUCCGGCAACUGGCCCUCCAAUGAGGCGAAACAGAUAUACGACUUGGUGCAGCACAUGCAGACGAAAUGUAUGGAUAUGCUUGGCCCGGGCAAGCGAUUUGUAGAUGCCCAAUAUCUCGCACACCUUGUGGCUAUCGAAGGACUGCUCGAGCUGGGCAUCUUCCAUAACGGCUCCAAGAAAGAAAUUUACGAGGCAGGUACAUCUGUUGCCUUCUUCCCACAUGGUCUGGGUCAUCAUAUGGGCUUGGAAGUGCACGAUGUUUCGACGGUGCUCACAAAGAGCACUACAACCGACGUGCACGAUAAAAUCGCUCCCGAGGUACCAUCACCAGAGCGACUGAUGUUGAUAUGUGCUAAAGUGUAA